AAAGUAAUUUGAUUCUAUAAUAAGACAAAAGAAAAAAAGAAAAAGGCAAUACAGUAGGUUCUUUUCUUUACGAUGACACUAAGAGUAGUAUUAAGUUAUUUGAUUUGAUAAAAAGAAAAGAGAAUAGUUUAAUAAUUUGAUUGAAGAGGCGAGAAGAGAAGAAGAGGUUUUGGGAUUGAAAGCAGAAAAGAAGACAUCAUGAGCAACGAAUACGAUUACCUGUUUAAGCUUCUUAUUAUCGGUGACUCCUCCGUUGGAAAAUCUUGCCUGCUUCUCAGAUUCGCCGAUGACUCUUAUGUUGACAGCUACAUUAGCACCAUUGGCGUCGAUUUUAAAAUCAGAACAGUUGAACUUGAAGGCAAAACCGUCAAACUGCAAAUUUGGGAUACCGCUGGACAAGAGCGAUUCAGGACUAUAACUAGCAGUUAUUAUAGAGGAGCACAUGGAAUCAUUAUUGUUUAUGAUGUAACUGAUAUGGAAAGUUUCAACAAUGUCAAGCAGUGGUUGCAUGAAAUUGAUAGAUAUGCCAAUGACAGUGUGUGCAAGCUUCUUGUCGGAAACAAAUGCGAUCUAACCGAAAACAAGGUUGUUCAGACACAGACUGCCAAGGCUUUUGCAGAUGAGCUUGGUAUCCCUUUCCUUGAGACAAGUGCUAAAGACUCCAUCAAUGUGGAGCAGGCUUUCUUAACUAUGGCAGCAGAGAUUAAGAAGAAGAUGGGAAGCCAACCAAGUGGUAGUAAAUCAGCAGAAUCUGUUCAGAUGAAGGGGCAACCAAUCCCACAGAAUAACAACUGUUGUGGUUAGGUUGAACUUGUAAAUUAUCAUCUCUUUUUUAACUCUUACAGUAAAAUAGAGAGAUCCUGUUUCUUUUAAUAUGUUAUAUGACAUGGAUGUUUCAGACACUGCCAAAAAUACAAUCUAUUAACUCUUUUGGUUAA